CUGCCUAUCUAGCUGUAUGUUUACAAUCUCUAAUGUUUUCGGUACAAUUGUUGGACCAACUCUAUUAAGUUAAAAUGAGUGAUAUCAAGUCAUUCUUUAAUCAGUUCUGCCAAAAAUACAGCAUACAACCUAUGUACGAGUUUCGCCCAGCAGGACCAAAGCAUCGUAUUCGAUUUCUUUGCGAAGUACGUGUACCUGGUCACUUGUACAUCGGCGUCGGCAAUUCCACCAACAAGAAAGAUGCCCAGACAAACGCCACCAGAGAUUUCGUACACUACAUGCUACGACAGGGUCUUGUCAGUGCUGCUGAAGUGCCUGGAAUGGAAAGUGAGCAAGUUCUGGAUAUCCAGGGUGUUUCACACACUGAUCUACCACCACUAGUACAGCAGAGGUCAGUCUUCACAGAGGGAGAAAAUCCCAGCCGAAUAGGUCAAGCAUAUAGACCUGUUGGGAAUUCUGAUGAUAAGUGGAAGAUAGAGAAUCAGCAGCAUAUGGAGGAGGCUGAGAAUCUGGAUAUGAAUGCACAAAUUCAUGGAAACUGGACAAUUGAAAAUGCCAAAAGUAAGCUGCACCAGUUUAUGCAGGUGAACAAAAUUAAUACUGAUUACAAGUAUUCUGUGGUUGGACCAGAUCAUGUCAGAAGUUUUAUCGCUACAAUGACAAUUUUUAUCAAAGAACUAAAUCGCAACAUCACAGGUCGCGAAAGCGGCUCCAACAAACAAAGUGCUAGCAAAUCAUGUGCACUCUCCAUUGUGAGGCAACUAUAUCACUUGAAUGUUAUCGAGGCUUUUUCUGGGACGCUUAAGAAAGACAAAGCAGCAAAUUCAAUGACACCCUACAAAGUCAACAUUACACCUGACCUGCGCUCGAAAGUAAUUAACUGCCUGCGAACUUUAAAUUUUACUACAAUCCAAGAACCACUACCUAACAAACCAGAAGGCAUUUCUUUGCUGCUAUCAGAGGUAGAAGAAGGUGAAUCCUUGAAGCCGGUAAUAAGCGGCGGCGUAGUAUCCUGGUCUCCGCCAACUCCAAACUGGAACGCUUGGACGAAUUGCAACAUUGAUGAGGGCUAUCUAGCUACAACGAGUUUAGAAAAGCUAAGCGAGGAAUUAGCAGCCUCUACAAGACAACGGCAUCAAAACGAACCCGAACUACUUGAAAGUAUUUUAAAACGAGGUGAAUUACCCGUUUACCACGCCCGUGAUCAAUUAAUGCAUGCCAUAAACGAAAAUCCUGUUAUUAUAGUUAAAGGUAACACAGGGUGUGGGAAAACCACACAAGUAUGUCAAUACAUUCUUGAUGAUUAUAUUGCUAGCGGCCAGGGCGCAUGGUGCAACAUAGCUGUUACCCAACCGCGCCGCAUUUCUGCAAUUUCAGUAGCCGAGCGAAUUGCUUCCGAGCGCUGUGAGAUGAUUGGCGCAAGCGUUGGUUAUUCCGUGCGAUUUGAGAGUGUUCUACCACGUCCGUACGGUUCAAUUCUUUUCUGCACCGUUGGUGUACUUCUUCGAAAACUCGAAGGUGGUCUACGUGGCGUGAGCCAUGUUAUAGUGGAUGAAAUUCAUGAAAGAGACGUGAACAGCGAUUUUAUUCUGGUGGUUUUAAGAGAUAUGGUUCACACAUAUCCGGAUUUACGCGUUAUACUGAUGUCUGCAACGAUAGACAUUUCAUUAUUCACGAAAUAUUUCAAUAAUUGCCCAGUGGUGGACAUAGACGGGCGUUCAUUUGCAGUCGAUGCUUUCUUUUUGGAAGAUGUCAUCGAACAAACUGGGUUUGUACAACCGACGAUUAAUCCACGCAAACGGAAAGCCAUUGAUGGUGAGGAUUCAGUACCGGAUGAACCUGAUGAGGAUAUGAAUAAAACGGCGGCGCGUUCAUUGAGCAGUAGUUAUUCGCAACGCACUCGGAAUAUAAUUCAGGACAUGUCCGAAAAGGAGCUGUCGUUUGAACUGAUUGAAGCGUUACUGACACACAUCAAAGCUCGCAAGGAACCAGGGGCGAUCUUGAUUUUCCUUGCCGGCUGGAAUUUAAUUUUUGCGCUUCUGAGGCACUUGCAAAUGCAUCCAGUUUUUGGUGGUUCACAAUAUUUAAUCCUUCCGCUUCAUUCACAACUUCCCAGGGAAGAUCAACGUCGUGUCUUUGAGAGCGUGCCUGCGCACGUUACUAAAGUGAUUUUGUCUACGAACAUUGCUGAAACUUCGAUUACCAUCGAUGAUGUUGUGUAUGUAAUCGAUAGUUGCAAAUCCAAAUUGAAAAUGUUUACUGCACACAACAAUAUGACGAGUUAUGCCACUGUUUGGGCUUCGAGGACGAACUUAGAACAGCGAAAGGGUCGAGCGGGUCGGGUGCGUCCUGGCAUUUGUUAUCAUUUAUGCACGCGCGCGCGUUUUGAUAAGCUGGAAGAGCAUGUUACACCUGAGAUGUUUAGAUCACCACUGCAUGAACUAGCGUUGAGUAUUAAGUUAUUGCGACUGGGUGCUAUUGGACAUUUCCUCAGUAAGGCAAUUGAACCACCGCCGAUUGAUGCGGUUAUUGAAGCGGAGGUGUUACUGCGUGAGAUGAAGUGUCUGGAUAAAAAUGAUGAAUUGACAUCAUUGGGGAAGAUUUUGGCUAGGAUGGCUAUUGAGCCACGGCUGGGAAAGAUGAUGGUCUUGGGGUGUAUUUUUAUGAUCGGCUCACCUUUGGCUACUAUGGCGGCCAAUUCGUCAACAUUUCCAGAGAUAUUUACUUUGAAUGGCGGACAGCGACGUCUUAGUUUUUAUCAGCGAGGAUUGGCAGGUGAUAGAUGUUCCGAUCACGUCGCAAUGUUGAAUGCUUUUGAGCUCUGGAAUAAUGCUCGGGAGGGUGGAGAAGAAGCAGAAGCUCGUUUUUGUGAGUACAAAGGCAUCAGUAUGUCUACGAUGCGGGUUACAUGGGAAGCAAAGCGACAAUUACACGACACCCUGAUAAAUUCCGGCUUUCCGGAGGAAUCCCUGCAGAGUCAGUCAUUAAAUACGGUUGGGCUAGAUAUUAAAUUGGACAUGGUGAUGGCCCUUAUGUGCUCUGGACUGUAUCCGAACGUAUGCUAUCACAAAGAGAAGCGCAAGGUUCUCACCACCGAAGGAAAGGCGGCGCUCAUACAUCGCACAUCCGUUAACUGUAGUAAUUCGGAACAAACAUUUAAGUUUCCGUUUUUUGUUUUUGGUGAAAAGAUUCGCACACGUGCUGUGAGUUGUAAGCAAAUGUCCAUGGUGUCACCUUUACAUUUGUUGCUCUUUGGCUCUCGGAAAGUGGACUGGGUGGACGGCGUUGUGCGCUUGGAUAACUGGAUUAAUUUAGAGAUAGAUCCAAUUAUUGCAGCCGAAGUGGUUGCGUUGAGACCUGCAUUGGAGAGCUUGGUGCGCCGAUACUCGGAACGGCCUGAAGAUAUUUUACAAAUGACACAAUCCGAUCAAGAGCUUGUUGAAGUAAUAAGGGAACUAUGCACAUUGGAGGCUGGUAAUCAUCAAAUCGAAAGAGCUGAUUGUUUUCAACCCACGCCCGGGUUGUUUGGUAAACGUCCUCCACGUGGGCAUUCAUUUGGAGGCGGUUAUGGAUUCGGUGGAGGUCGAGGACUAAAUUUCGGACCAUCCACACACAAAUUUGCGCGCAGAGGGGAGCAGAAUGAUCGCUUCCAACGUGGUGGUGGUGGAUUUUGGGGCAAGAGGGGAAGAAGUAAUUAUUAUUAAAUUAGAUGCAGUUUAUAUCUGUAAACUAUAAACUUAUUUAAUAAAACAUUGAUCCGGUGGAUGAAA